UAAAUAUGGUGUUCAAUUCUUCGUUCAUGAAUUUUUUUCGUAAAAAGAAAACAUCCAAGUACCCUAUCGCUGGAAAGGUUGCGGUGAUAACUGGUGCGAGUCGUGGCAUUGGCAAGGCAGUUGCUGAGGCUUUGGCUGAACGGGGUGCCAAAGUGGUGAUAGGCGAUGUUCUUGAUACUGUUGGUCAAACGACGACGGAGAACAUCAAUAAGCGCUAUGGAAGCCAUAAGCACAAGGUUGCCGUUUACCAGCAUACGGAUGUGUCCAAAUAUCGGGAUUUAAUACAACUAUUUGCAGUGGCUGAAAAGGAGUUUGGUUCUGUUGAUAUUGCUAUACUAAAUGCCGGCACCACCAAGAACAUGAAUGCAUUAUUCACACCGUUGGAUGAUGAACUCGAAAUGGCCAUCUACGAAGUAGAUGUAGGCGGAGUCGUCAAAGGGAAUAAGGUUGCCAUGUUGCAUAUGGCCGAACACGGUGGUGUGAUUGUAAACACAGCGUCUAUGGCUGGAUUGAUGCCGGAUAUAUACUUGAAUGCAUACGCUGCAUGUAAACAUGCUGUUGUCGGUUGGACUCGCUCUCUUGCGUUUGUAAAUAAAUUUGCCGGUAUUCGUGUGAACGCAGUGUGUCCUGGGUUUGUCGAUACUGACAUGCUUAAUGUUCCACGCGAGGGCCCAAAUCGGGAGCCCUACGCUGACGUCGCCGAGGUAGCACCAAAAACCCCAAUGCCUGUAGUCGUUGAAGCAUUUCUGAGAUGCAUUACGGACCCAUCAUUAGCAGGUGAUCUUUUGCUUGCUCUGCCGGAUGGCGUCAAGAAACAACCACCUUAUCGUCCACCCGAAUCCUUGACAAAUAAACAAAUGGAAGAACGCAGGGUGAAAUAUGAGCGCGAGUUAAAGGCCAAAGACAAAGCCGAGCUUGCAGAGGCAGUAAAAAGAUUCAAAGCGACCGGUCGAUAGCGUACUUUUAUUUUUCUUCCCGAAGUGAAAAUGAAACCAAGCCAUUUCUCAGUUAUUGUAUCGAUUAAAGUAAUUUUGAUCAGCCUCGGUAUAAUAUUGCGUCCAUGCGACAAAACCCCUUUACUGCCCUGCGAUUGUAAAACGGCUUUAAAUCUUA